AUGGCUUGCGUGGCGGACCGUGAGGCCGCGGUGAGGGAGGUGGCGCAGGUGCACGAGCUCAUCAAGCUCCAGCAGCCUCUCCUCCUCGUCAACUGCUCCUCCUCGUCGCCGCCGUCGACCCAGCUCGCGCAGAGCCUCCUCAGCAAGGCGCUGCGAGCCCUCAACGUCGCCCUCUCCGUCAUGAAGCAGCAGCAGCCUGCUGCUCCUGUGGCACCAAUAAGCGUCGUCAAAGCCGAACCUCAGCUCUCGCUGCCCAUCCCGGCGUCUGCCGACUCCCCAAGCCAUAGUACCCAUCACGGCAACAAGAGGCGCCAAAAGAAGAAGCAAUGGAAGGCCGGUAAGAAGAAGACCUCGUCGUCAUGGACGACCUUAACCGCCGUGCCCUACGACAACGGCUACGGGUGGAGGAAAUACGGCGCGAAGAAGAUCAACGGGACGCUCUUCACGAGGAGCUACUUCCGGUGCACCUACAAGGACGACGCCGGCUGCCUGGCCACCAAGCACGUCCAGCAGAUGGACAACAGCGACCCGCCCAUGUACCACGUCACCUACAACAACGACCACACCUGCAGCAGUGUCAAAGCCAACACCGGCAGCAGCAGCAGCAACCUCACUGCAUUGCUAGCAGGCUGCUGCGGCAAGGGAGUGAUGACGACGGCGACAACGACGAUGACCAAUGCUCCGACUGGGCAUGCUGCUGCGGCUGCCAUGAACAUGAAGCAAGAACCACCGCUGCUGCUGCCUCCUCUGGUCGAGCCUGCUUCUGCCUGCUUUCCUUAUGACCAAAUGCCACAGCGCCAAGAGCCGAUAUUUCCUGGAAGUAUGGAGCAGUUCUACGACUCUCCUGCAAGCGAUAUCCCGUCGGCUACUGGUUCAUGCAUCUCCGGCGAAACCAGCUGGUGGGAUGGGUAUUCUGGGGACAUGGCGGCGCAGAUGGCAGCUGAAGACGACCCUCUCCACGAUCUCGACCGCUUCCUCGAGUGCGAUAGUUUCAUGGACUACCCGUGCUAA